AUGGCCACAUCGAUAUCGAGCGACCACAAGCAGCUUGAUUAUCAUGUCAUAUGUGCGAGGAUCUUUCUAUUGGUUAGAGAUGAUGCGUCGGUGUCGAUUAAGGUGUUGCAAGAAGCAACGGAUGCGACAUAUGGUUUCAGGCCCAGUUAUCGGAAGGUGUGGUUGGCGAAGCAGAAGGCAGUAGCACAGAUCUAUGGCGACUGGAAGGAGUCAUAUGGGGAUCUGCCCCGCUGGAUCCUUGGGAUCACAUCCACCAUGGAUGGUUCUGUUGCUCUGCUGAAGACCUCCCCAGUUAGAGUGGGAUGGAAACUCGAAUAUAUUGCCUAUUGCAUUUGCACUCGUGGAGGGGGAAAUGCAGAGUCUUGGUCAUACUUUAUAACCAAUCUUAGAAGACAUGUUACUCCACAGCAAGGUAUUCUUGAGAUUUCUGAUAGACACAACGGCAUCAAGGAUGCACUGGAGUCCCUAGAUAGUGGUUGGCGACCUCCCCAUACUUAUCGGGCCUUCUGUAUUCGGCAUGUUGCUACAAAUUUUGCCCUUACUUUAAAAAGGCAGGAUGCGAGGAGGUGGCUGGUAAAUGCCGCUUAUGCAAAGACGGAAGCAGAAUUUGACUAUUGGUUUGAUAUAAUGAGGACAGAGAACCCGGCCAUGUGUGAUUGGGCAAACAGGAUGGAGUAUGAGAGGUGGACACAGCACAAGAAUGGGGGGAGACGAUAUGGUCACAUGACGACCAACAUUUCUGAGUGUGUGAACUCUAUUUUGAAGGGCACAAGAAAUAUACCAAUGACGUCCUUGGUGAAGUCAACCUAUCUCUGGCUAGCUGAGUUGUUUGUUGUCCGGGGGCAGACGGCAGAGGCAUAG